AUGAACAGCGCUAUGUCUGAACUGGAAAAGCUGAUUGAGGAUGUUGCUUACCCAACAAACUGUCUCUCGUUUCUCACAAAGAUUCCGUUCUCCGACGCCACGGCUCCGGGGCCCAAAAACGACGGCCUGAAGCUGAAUAUUCUUGUUGUUGGUGCAGGGUUGGGCGGCCUGGCCACGGCAGUUGCGCUCGGCAGACGCGGACAUUCUGUGACCGUCCUGGAGAGGGCAGCAGAGCUCGGUGAAGUUGGGGCAGGUAUACAGGUACCCCCGAACUCCGCUCGUCUCCUCCUCUCAUGGGGGAUUCAGCCCUUUCUUCAGGAUAAGGUCAUCGCGCCUGAGAGUAUCACCUUUCGGAGGUGGCAAAGCGGAGAGAGCAUUGGGUUUACCAAACUCAAACCCGAGUUCGAAGACAAUUUUGACGCUCCGUACUACGUCAUCCAUCGGGCUCACCUCCACGACGCGCUGCACAAACUCGCAGAGCAAAGUGGAGCAAAGAUCCUCAUUAACAAAAGUGUUGUGAAGUACGAUCCAAAUACUCCAUCUGUAGAGACGGACAAUGGUGAGCUCUUUACCGCGGAUCUUGUCAUUGCAGCGGAUGGGGUCCGCUCAACAGCAAGAAAAGUGGUUCUGGGAGGAGAAGAUAUGCCAGCACAGAAGACGAGGUUCGCUGCGUACCGUGCAACUGUUCCCGUGGAAAAGAUGCAGAGCGAUCCCGAUCUUGCUUCGAUCCUUGCAAGGCCCGGUAUCAACAUCUGGAUUGGAGAAGACAGGCACUGCAUGACAUAUUACUCACCAGAUGCCGCGAUAUGGGAGUCGGACAGGGUACUGAAAGACAUGCGCGCCCAGUUUGAGGGGUGGGACCCAAGAUUGACCAAGGUGAUCGGCCUUAUCGACAAGACCCUCAAGUGGCCGUUGAUGAGUGGGACCAAGCUGCCAACGUGGAUCGCACCUUCGAACAAGCUUCUGAUCCUUGGCGAUGCCGCUCAUGCAAUGCUGCCAUACAUGUCUCAAGGUGCUGCAAUGGCAGUUGAGGAUGCCGCAGCAAUUGCAGAAGCACUGAGCCUCAUCAACAACAGAAAGCAGGUGCCCAAUGCCCUGAAAUGUUUCGAGAAGGAGAGAAUGAAGCGCGCUGGAGAUAUGCAGACGGCAAGCCUCUUGAACGGAGUGAUUUGGCAUUUUCCAGAUGGUCCAAAGCAACGUGCUCGAGACGAGAGCAUGAGAGCAGAGGUCGAAGGGAGGAUCUUUUCUGAAAGCGCAAAUCAGUGGAGUGACCCCGCUACGCAGGCAUGGUGUUAUGGGUAUGAUGCCGAAGAUGCCAUUCGCAAAGCUUGGAAAGCUUCACACCAGACCAACGGAAGCGUGAACGGAGGUUCUGUUUAUAAGUAG